AUGCCUACCUCCAAUACUUCCAAUACAUCAUCCCCCGUCAAGCGCCCCGGUUUAGGUCGCCGUGCAGUGUCCUCCCAUGCAGUUGUCACGCGUGCCAAUACCAGUGACCUGUCGGAGUCUCAGCUGAAGGCAGCCGCGCAUGCUAAGCCUCACCGCGCCCAUGUUGUUCACCGCAACCAUCAUCGAAACUCCUCCACUAGCAAAAACUUCAAUAAACUUCAACGAUUUCAACUAGGCCCCGAGACCACCGGGCGGCAUCAUCAGCGCAAGAAGUCUGCACCCGCAACUCCAAUAGCGAGUCCCAAAGAAGGCGGGCACAUCCGUUGGGAUAACGCUGUAGGCGAUCACCCAACCCCUCCUCCCAUGAAGAGAAACUAUUCGACUCCUGCGCUGCGCCGGAAUCCAUCGGCUGUUGGAAAGAAAGCCUUGGUGACGGAGCGACCUCCCUCCAGUGGGGUGAAGAAGAAGACGGUCGGCUUUGAGCUUGGCGAUGAUGAGACCGACGAGGCCGAGUGGGAAGAUACUACGCAGUCGCCCGAAAGUACGAGGCGCAACUCUGUCGCGCCAUCUAACCCCAGCGCUGACAACGGUACCAUCCUUGUCGAUCCUCUGACUUUCGUCAAACGACCUUAUCCACAAAUGCCUCGCGCGACCAGUCUUCCCGAGUCGGUCACUAAUAAGUUUAUCCGAGAACGCGCUGAGCUGAUGGAGGAGGACGAGGACAAGCACGAUGAGCAGCACGAAGACGAGGCCGAGCAGUCUAGCCAGCAUACCGAGCAGGGUGACAUCGCAAAUCGCCUACUAAGCCCUUCACACUCGUCCAAAGCCCCUCCCGCCAUGUCGUCCAUCUUGGCCAUGGUCAAGCCAGAGACCAAUACUACUAAUCCCGCAUCGCGCAGCAGUGCAUCUCUCAAUCUGGCUGCUGGCCAGGAUAAUGCUCGGCGCACAUUCUCUACUACGAGUAUGGCAAGCAUGCCAGGCUCUCAUCCCCAAGCGACCUCAUCUUCCAUGGAAGGCGGGGUCUCGAGAUUCAUCUUGAACAACAAGAACAGCAUGCAGGCAUCUUCUCGCACCGAUUCAGACCCGACCACUCCUUCUUCUUUUCUACCCCACUAUCACCCGCAAACACCACCUUCACCUAACGGCGGUGCUGCCAAAUCCACUGCCUCUCCUGCACGGCCCCGAGGUGCCGACCUACCAUCUCGCACUCAACAGAAGCUUUGGCUUCAGCGUACAGCCGCUCUCAACAAUUCUCCCCCUGAUACGCAUGGAGUAACUGCAGCCGCGCCACCUUCUGCCAUUGACCCAACCUUCGCCCCCAACCAGCGCCCUGGUGCAGGCUCUUACGAUGCCGGCAGAGGGAUGAAUGGCGAUGGUCGAGCUGGCGGUGCAGGGCACGACAGCGAAACUCGCCACAUUCGUAAGGCAUACGAGAAAACAUCACUUGAAUUGAUGGUCGUGCGACGCUUCCAGUCACCUACCGCGCAGAGCUUCUCUCGUCUUCGAUAUAUUGGUCGAGCCCACAAAGCGCAGCAGGAACCAGGUCUCGGCAACCCAAUUAAAUCCGCCCCUUCAUUACCUCUUCUCCAGAAUGGAAAACGCCCAAACAAGCUAAGCACAAGCCCCGGAUCCAAAUCUCAGCUGCGUAAUCCAAUCCCCACCGAAGACCCAGCGACAAACAGCGAUCCCACAACCCCUGCAACCGCUGCCAAGUCCAAUGACCCAUCCCACCGCAUCCUCUCUACCUCAGCCGAAGUUUCACGUGACCUGAGUGGUGAGAACAAGACCGAGCAAUCCCAGGCAAGCGACAACGCCAUGCUGAUCCGCCGGAUGUGGGAGAGCCGAGAGGUCGCCAUCCACGGCUAA